CGUAUUGUCACCUAUCAGCCUGUAUAAAUUUUACUGAUGGCAUAUCCUGACGGAUGGAAGAACGGUUCAAAUAAUGUAUAAGUAUAUAAUAGCGCUCAUCUCUGUGUUUGUGGCAGUUUUGACUGUUCCCUAUGAAUGGCUUACUCUUUAUGGCGCCCUGUCACUGUUUCGCCCCAUGGAGCAGCAGAGCGCUUCUGACGCACCUGCCCGGCUUUUGACCCAAACUGAACUGGCGCUUUACAACGGAGAGGAGAACAGCAAGGGGCUAUACCUCGCGAUUUUGGGUCAGGUAUUUGACGUGGAAAAAGGACGAAAACAUUAUGGACCAGGAGGAGGUUACAGAUUCUUCUCAGGUAGAGACGCGUCGCGGGCCUUUGUCACGGGAGAUUUCACAGAGGCUGGACUGACUGAUGACUUGACAGAUCUCUCACCUUCUCAGAUAGUGGCUCUGUAUGACUGGUUGGCUUUCUAUCAGAGAGACUACACGCCGGCUGGUCGUUUAAUUGGCCGUUUCUAUAACGAGGCUGGGCAGCCGUCAGAGACCCUGAAGCAGGUGGAGAGUUUGCUAUCAGAAGGACUGAAACUCAAGGCUCAGACCGAGGCCCAAAACCAGCUUUACCCAGCAUGCAACUCAGAGUGGAGCUCAGCCAAUGGAGGGCGAGUGUGGUGUUCCACCAAAAGUGGUGGUGUAAACAGAGAUUGGACCGGAGUACCCAGAAUGCUUUUCUCCCCUGGCUCAGGGCAGUCUCGCUGCGUCUGCGUGCGGCUCGAUGACCCUACACACUCAGGCAACGCCAACCUGAGGGAGUACGAAGACUGCCCCCCUCUCUCGGAGUCAUGCCUCCUUCCAGAGUCCUAAACAUCCUGUCAUUGACAGGCCCAAGCGGGACGUGAUCAGAAUUCAGCCCGCCGGCCGGAGAACGCUCAGCACCUGCCGGUCUUCUAAAACAAUGCUUCAUUCACGUCGGCGUUGUCCAUCUUCCCAUAUUUCAUGAGGCGGCUAAUUCUGAUGGCUACCUUUAAAGAUCGUUUUGCAUCGUUUCAUUUCAGCGGGGAAUCGGAGCCGUGGCUUGCAUUUUACUGGAUACCAAAGAUCACCAGACGUCAAAGAUGUUUGAGAAACUUAGAGCUGUCGCAUCUUCAGAAGAACAUAAAAAAGACAGAAAGAAACUGCCGCACACGCUGAGUCACGCCGUAUGACCACAGAGGUGUACAGAGUCCGCUGUCUUUUGAUACAUAGUUUUGCAUGUGCUCUUAUUUUCUAAUCAUUUCUCAUUUCGUACAAAGCUUUGCCUUUUUUUGUAUGCAGACUGAAUCAUAUAUGAAUACGUAUUACGUAAAAUAUACCACAAUGAUUUUGCUGCUAUGUCGUAUUUACAGUUUUAAAAGUAAUGAUUUCAAAAAUGUGACGUCUAUUUCGUGCCAGAUUUCAGAUUCACUAUUUUGUAAUGGAGUUCUGUUGUGAUUUGCAAUAACAUUAACCACCUCAUAAGAGUAAUAAAACAA